UUAUUUUCUCUGCUCCCAAUCGUACAAUGACUGUCAGACCCAGCACCAGGAGAUGGAGCCGGGAGUUUGUGCCUCACACAGAGGCACGAUCCGGCGCCGGCUCCCGGGACAGGUCUCAUUCCAGGGAGAGACCUAAACAAAGAUUAUUGGACAAUUCUUCUGAUUUAGCCAAAAUGAGGAGUCGCAGGAGCGGGAUGCUGGAAAGCUCCCGGACGCUGUACUCCAGCAUGUCGCGCAGUAUUGAGUUAUCGCUGGAUGAAUUAGAUGCUGUUAAAUUCAUUGAAGAGAACUUUAAGAAGAGAGAGUGUGUGGCCUACACCAAAGAUUCCAAAUCACAGGACAGUGUAUGCAAGUGUGGUUAUGCCAAGAUCCAGCACAUUGAAGGAACGCAGAACAACCAGAGUGAUAAGUGGAACUACAAGAAGCAUACCAAGGAGCUACCCACUGACGCCUAUGGGGAUAUUCAGUUUGAUGCAUUUGGCAGGAGAGGGAAGUACAUUCGCUUGUCCCGGGACACAACCCCAGACACACUGUAUGAGCUGAUGACAAAAUUCUGGCUGCUUAAAACUCCGAACCUCGUCAUCUCGGUGACUGGAGGAGCUAAGAACUUCUCCCUGAAGCCGCGGAUGCGCAAGAUCUUCAGCCGUCUCAUUUACAUUGCACAGACCAAAGGAGCCUGGAUCUUCACAGGGGGCACUCACUAUGGCCUGAUGAAGUACAUCGGAGAGGUGGUCAGAGAUAAUACCAUUAGCAGGAGCUCAGAGGAGAAGGUGAUAGCCAUCGGUAUAGCAGCUUGGGGAAUGGUCUCUAAUCGUGAGACCCUGAUCCGAACAUCCACCGCUGAGGGAAACUAUGUGGCUCAUUACCUGAUGGACGAGCAGAAGCGAGACCCUCUCUACUGCCUGGACAAUAACCACACCCACAUGAUCCUGGUAGAUAAUGGAUCCAAUGGGCACACAACGAUCGAGGCAGAGCUCCGAGCUUCACUGGAGAAAUACAUCUCUGAACUUAAUGUCCCUGAUUCUAAUUAUGGUGGAAAAAUCCCUAUUGUAUGUUUCGCUCAAGGAGGUGGGAAGGAGACAUUGAAGGCUAUAAACACUGCCAUUAAGAGUAAGAUUCCAAUAGUGGUAGUGGAGGGAUCUGGGCAGACGGCCGAUGUCAUUGCCAGCCUAGUGGAAGCUGAGGGCACUUCUCUUGCAUCCUCAGCCAUCAAGGAAAAGCUGCUUCGAUUCCUGCCCCGCACCAUAUCUCGCUUAGCGGAAGAUGAGAUGGAGACCUGGAUACGAUGGAUUAAAGAAAUAAUGGAGAACUUGCAUCUCCUGACUGUGAUAAAGAUGGAGCAGGCGGGGGAUGAGAUCGUCAGCAACGCUAUUUCUUUCGCUCUAUAUAAAGCCUUCAGCACGAAUGAGCAGGACAAGGACAACUGGAACGCUCAGCUGAAACUGCUACUGGAGUGGAACCAGCUGGAACUGGCCAGUGAGGAGAUCUUCACCAAUGACCGGCGGUGGGAGUCAGCUGACCUGGAGGACGCCAUGUUUGCAGCGCUGGUAAAGGACAGGCCGAAAUUUGUGCGUCUUCUCUUGGAGAAUGGCCUGAAUCUACGCAAAUUUCUCACCAGUGAAAUCCUCAGCGAACUCUUUUCUCAGCAUUUUAGUACCCUAGUGUUUCGUAACUUGCAGAUUGCCAAAAACUCUUACAAUGACUCUUUGCUCACCUUUGUAUGGAAGAUGGUCCUGAACUACCAGCGUACCCGCAGAGAUGACAGGAAUAGCUGUGAUGACUCGGAGGUACAGGAUAUGAGUCAAAUAAUAAAACAUCCUAUCCAUGUUCUAUUCAUAUGGGCCAUCCUGCAGAACAAGAGAGAGCUGUCCAAAGUAAUCUGGGAGCAGACAAGAGGAUGCACCCUGGCUGCACUCGGCGCCAGCAAGCUACUGAAGAGCCUGGCGAAAGUAAAGAAUGAUAUCAAUGCUGCCGGGGAAUCAGAGGAGAUCGCCAAUGAGUAUGAGACCCGAGCAGUCGAGCUAUUCACGGAGUGUUACAGCAAUGAUGAGGACCUGGCGGAGAUGCUUUUGGUCUACUCUUGUGAGGCCUGGGGUAAGAGUAACUGCCUAGAGAUGGCGGUGGAAGCUAAAGACCAGCAGUUCAUUGCACAGCCAGGGGUGCAGAACUUCCUCUCCAAGCAAUGGUACGGAGAGGUCUCCAGGGAUACCAAAAACUGGAAGAUUAUCUUGUCCCUUGUUCUGUUUCCUCUCAUUAGCUGCGGAUUCAUAUCAUUCAGGAAAAAAGCAGCAGAGGGGAAAAGAAACCUUAUAUUGAAAUACUUUGAUUUCUUUACCUCCCCCUUUGUCGUCUUCUCCUGGACGGUUAUUUUCUACAUUGGAUUUCUGCUUCUCUUUGCAUACGUCCUACUGAUGGAUUUCCAGCGGUUUCCUACUGGACUUGAGAUCUCAGUUUACGUGCUGGUUUUUAUCUUGUUGUGCGAUGAGAUUAGACAGAUGUACAUGAGUGGAGUGAAGUAUUUUACUGAUCUGUGGAACAUUAUGGACAUUUUGGCCAUCCUAUAUUUCAUUGCAGGGAUUGUAUUCAGAAUGUACAGCUCCAGCUCCACCUCUCUAUACACCGGAAGAGUUAUCUUCUGCCUGGAUUACAUCAUUUUCACUGUCCGCCUCAUCCACAUCUUCACUGUCAGCCGGAACCUCGGGCCAAAGAUCAUUAUGCUGCAGAGAAUGCUCAUCGAUGUCUUCUUCUUCCUCUUCCUCUUUGCUGUUUGGGUGAUUGCCUUCGGAGUGGCGCGUCAGGGAAUCCUGAGAUGGAAUGAGCAUCGAUGGGAAUGGAUUUUCCGCUCAGUUAUAUAUGAACCGUAUUUGGCUGUGUUUGGGCAGUACAUUGCUGAUGUGGAUGGCACCACUAUUGAUUUUGACCACUGCACUAUUACUGGGAAUGAGUCUAAGCCGCUUUGUGUAGAGCUGGAUAGUGACAACCAUCCUAGAUUCCCCGAAUGGAUCACAAUCCCCCUGGUCUGUAUCUACAUGCUCUCCACCAACAUCCUGCUUGUUAACUUGCUCAUUGCUAUGUUUGGAUACACAGUGGGCUCAGUACAGGAAAACAAUGACCAAGUGUGGAAGUUCCAGCGGUACUUCCUGGUUCAGGAAUACUGCAACAGGCUGACCAUCCCGUUCCCCUUUGUCAUCGUCGCUUACUUCUUUAUGUUACUGAGGAAGAUAUUUAGCUGUUGUUGUAAACAACAAGAACCUCCGCCUACACCCUGCUGUUUCAAGAAAGAGGAUAUUGAGACGCUGUCCUGGGAAGCGGUGAUGAAGGAGAAUUAUUUGGUGAAACUGACCAGCCAGGCAAACAACACCAUGGAGAUGGAGCACAGAUUUAAGCAGUUGGAAGCAAAGUUAAACGACUUGAAAGUAUUAGUGAAAGAUAUUAGUGGCAAAAUAAUAAAGUGACAUCCUUUGCUCAGGGAAAGCAAUAUG